CUACAUAUUUACCUAGUUAACUGCGUCCAGGUCUCCGCCCCGUCACAGAAAAAAAGCACCGUUUGCUGUCUUCCGUCAAGCGAGGAAUCUCACCCCCUCCCCCCUCCGCGCGCGCACCGGCACUUGUUCAGCCCCACAGCUAUAUCUUCAAGGGAAAUGUCGCAUCCUCGCACAUUUCUCUACUUUGACUUUGCAUCUCAUACAUACUUACAUACUUCGAGAAAUCCACACGUUCUGUAGCCUACGAGCAAUGUUCACAUCCUAUUGCUACCGGUGGGGAGGCGGUUUCACUCUUGCCUGGCUUCUCCUCCUCCGCGCCGCUUCCGCCCACCCUCACAACACUUCCGUCUCCCUUCCCGAAGGAGCUACCAACCACGGUGACCCAAAUCUUUUGUGUCUACCCACCUCUUGGAGCGACUUCGCAUUGUUCUUCCUGCUCAACUAUUUUGCGCAUGCGGCAACCGUCAAUCCUCUACCCGGCGAGAGGUUCCGGUCCACUGUCAUCAGUUCCGUGCUCGCCCUGUUCUACCCCUACGCUGGGAUGUAUCGAGGAAUAAAUGGGAUAAUGCGUUGUGCCAUACGUACUAAGGAUGAACUCGGGCGAGCAGCUAUUGCAGAGGCGCUCUGUGUAGUCAUCCGCUCACCAAAGUGGAAACCUAAGGGCGGCCAGGUUUUCCCUAUAAUCGAUCAACGGAAGGUCAACUCGACGAUCGAUACGGAGGAAACCCUCGACGCGCACCAAGGAGUGUCUUCUCCCACGAAGGAGAGCCAGAUGGAGAUCCCGAGCGGUUCUGUCGGUCCACAGUCAAUCUUAAUGUGUGUCGGUAAACCCAAGUGGUUCUUAUCCGAAUCACUUAACCCUCUAGUCGACGCCGGGAUGGAAGGAUCACGUAUCGUUCAUGGCCUAUAUAAGCUGCCAAAGGGCUACCGGCUAGCAAUCCUGCCGUCGCACGCCACAGUGAUCCCCAUUGAGCAAGACCAGGCUCCUAAUGGCGUCCGUAUAUCCUCGUCCUACAAUGCGCUGAAGAUCGUGAUCGCGGUCGGUCAAUCCAUAUCAUCGGCAAUUAUCCUGUAUCGAACUCGGGGGGCCCAGAUCGAAAGAUAUGGAUACUCGGCGUUCGGUCUUACGGUCAUUCCAUACGCCAUGAUGUCCAUCGUCAACCUCGUCGGGAGUUUAUUAACCCCAGAAUACCCAACCCUGUAUCUGGUCAGCUCGCGCGAGAUGGAUGAGGCGAGAGCAUGCGGAGGACUGUUUGAUGGUGUGGUUGGGAAGGUUGUUGAGGCCAGUGCGGGUGGGGAAGACCAAAAAUUCGCGACUUUCGGAGUCGAGGACGAAACCGGCGCCCCGAGCACAGUCAGGAUUGGAUCCGAAGAACGGACAUACGGUUUCGUUGAAGCUUGGAAAGCGGAUAUUACUAUCCCAGCAUGUUCUGCCUUUCCUUCUCAAGAUUCGUGUUUUCGGGAAAUGGCUGGAGUGAGGGCCAUGAGGUGCAUAGGGAUUGUCGAAUUGCUUUCCAUUUUACCCUACGUUACCAUACAUGCCCUUACUCGUUUUCGGCCCGCAAAUAGUACGCUAGCGCAGCGUGUGUGGUCAAUGCUAUGGUUGACGGUAGGUAUCAGUAACGGAUUGGUGGCGCCGGUAGUCAGAGCAGGUAUCAACAGCUUUGCACAAUUGAAGUCCACCGGCUCUGCCUAUCCUAGGGCAAUGCUUGCAAUGAUUAUAAUAGCUAUAGUACCAUUCGUGGUUUACUCCGCCGCAGCGAUUGGAGGGAUGGUCACUAUUGGCCUAAUGCUUAAGGAAUUUGGAACAUGCACGAGAAUUUAGGGUAUAGAGAGUAUUAAUGGCGGUGGAGAAUGGCGGAAUCUAGUGGGGAACCCUAUGUUUUAGGUACAUACUUCAUACGAGGCGGUGAUCAAAUGAGAUUAUGUACGAGGUUGAAAAGUGCAG